CCGGGAUUCGCAAGCAGCCAUAUGCCCCUGCAAGCGCUAACCGAUCUGAUCUCUAUUUCUUCUCUACUUCGAAGGAACUUCAAGUCCCUUCUUCUUCAAAUGUACCCAACACAAAGAUUCUCCGAAAUUCUCUCUACUUUUCCCACUGACCCAUUUUCAUUGUUCUCUUCUUAAACUCUGUUUCUUCUGUAAAUAAGUAAGCUCUGAAUUCUAUGGCAUUUUCGUGAUCAAUGGCGGCUACUUCUACUACUUCCCAGCUCGAUUUCAGACUGAGGGGUGUCUCUUGUUUGCGUAAUAAUGACAGUAAGAAUGGAUUCACAGAGUUGACGACGAGGAAGAGACUUUGUUUUCUUUCACGUGACCGAACCCGGGUGGUCCGAGUGGCCCGAGUUAGUUGUUGUUGCUCUGACUCGGUUGUUCCAAUUCGGCGAAAGAGUGGAGAGAACAAGUGCGAGGAACGAGGGUUCGAUCAGAAAAAGACUUCUCAGAGUGUCCGAAUUCAAGCCUCCUCCGCCUUGCCCUUCUCUUCUACUCAAUAUUGUUUUGCUUCCAAACAAGAAAAGUUUUCUCCUCGUUGUACUCCGAGGAAUUCAGGUCCACAAUCUCGUGACAGUCCCCCGAAAAGAGACACGGGUAUUGCAAAUGAGAAGGACUGGGGCAUCAAUUUGUUAAAUGAAAAUGUUAAUGAGUCUGGUACUAAUGAGGAUGGAAGUACUUGGUAUAGAGAAAGUGGGGAGGACCUCGGUGAGAAUGGAUACCGAUGUAGAUGGACAAGAAUGGGAGGUCAAUCCCAUGACAGUUCCUCUGAAUGGAAAGAAAUGUGGUGGGAGAAAAGUGACUGGACGGGAUACAAAGAACUAGGUGUGGAGAAAUCUGGAAGAAAUGCUGAAGGUGAUUCAUGGUGGGAAACAUGGCAAGAGGUGCUUCAUCAAGAUGAAUGGAGCAAUUUAGCAAGGAUAGAGAGAAGUGCUCAAAAACAGGCCAAAUCAGGUACUGAAAAUGCCGGAUGGUAUGAGAAAUGGUGGGAAAAGUAUGAUGCUAAAGGCUGGACUGAGAAAGGGGCAAAUAAGUAUGGUAGACUGAAUGAACAGUCAUGGUGGGAGAAGUGGGGAGAGCAUUAUGAUGGAAGAGGAUCUGUUCUCAAAUGGACAGAUAAAUGGGCUGAAACUGAAUUGGGAACCAAAUGGGGAGACAAGUGGGAAGAAAGGUUCUUUGCUGGCAUUGGUUCGCGUCAAGGGGAGACAUGGCAUGUGUCUCCUAGCGGUGAACGUUGGUCAAGAACAUGGGGAGAGGAACAUUUUGGAAACGGAAAAGUUCACAAAUAUGGAAAAAGCACCACGGGUGAAAGUUGGGAUAUUGUUGUGGAUGAGGAAACCUACUAUGAGGCUGAACCUCACUACGGAUGGGCUGAUGUUGUGGGUGAUUCAAGCCAAUUGCUGUCAAUCACACCUCGGGAGAGGCCGCCUGGUGUCUACCCAAAUCUAGACUUUGGGCCAUCAACUUCUACAGAUGAUGAUCAACCAGACUGAUCUCCCCCAUCUUCAUGAUGAUCUGCUUUUACUUUUUAGUCUCAUUAUUUUGUUCUCUUUUAGGAGGUUUAAAAAUGAUUUAAAUGCAGAAUCAUAUUUGUGGAAAUACUCUUGUAACUGGAUAUAUGUCAAUUUCUCUUGGAUUCA